CUAGCUCGGGAAGGCCACGUCAUAAGUGGACCGGAGGCUUCCCACAAUUUCCAAAUAAAAAUCAAGAGACUAUUUGGUUUAUUUCGGACGGGUAAGAGUACGAAUGAAUUUGGCAAUUUCUCAAAUAUGGUAACAAAAUAACAGCGAAAGGGGUAUCGAGCAAAAUGCCAGCUGGCGGGUAGUGAGUGAGUUAUUGGCAGUGGUGGAGUAUUUGCACGAUAACAUGACGUUGUUUUGUUUAUGUUUUUUUAAAAACAUAACCUAUUUUAUCCGAUCACCGAUUACCGGUGUUGUAAAUGGAACAUUACUCUACCCAAUGAGAUAAUAACAGUUCAAGUAUUUUAAAUGGCCAAACAUCUUGUAUUCUUGCCAUGUUCCAUAGCAGAAAAUAAAUGUGGGGCCUUAUAUGGCAUUGUCAAAGAGACAAAAUGUGAAAAGAAUAUAUCUGUCUGCUACUUUAUCUUGAAUGUUGUGACCUCAAGUGAUCAGGACAAGGAACAUGACGAUGAUCAUAUACUGAUUGGUGAAAGUGUCGAUGAUGAUCAGUCAUUGCUGCUAAACAUAUGGAUUCCAUGUUCUAAGAAAUCCAAAAACAAUGCCAUACAGAUACGAUUGGUAGAUGACCACUUCCAAACUUCAUUUACGGCCAAUGUCGAACAAACUGAUGCAUCUGCUGUCAUUAUAGUUUACGAUGAAGACGUUUUUAGAUAUUCUGAACUCUUGAGAACUGAUGAACAUGGUAAUGGCCAUGACCAGUUCCAAGUUCUGGGUGCUCUUAUACAGGAACAAUCCAAGAGUAAUACAUACAAAUUUUGGGGGUGCUUCAGAUUUUUGUGUACUGUCUUAUUAGCCAUAAGCAACCUUGUUCUAAACAUUGUAUCCCUGGCAAAACCUGUGUUUCAAUAUUCCGCUCUCUGGGUUCGUUUCCAUGGCUUUUUGAGCUCACUCUCUUGGGCUCUAGGUUCAUUAAAAAGUGAAAAGAAGGUUUCCCUGAAGGUUGGAAAUUAUAUCAUAGCUACUGCUGUAGAUAUUUGUGCUGGAAUUUUACUUCUUAAUUUCAUUAACUACAUUGGAUUUACAACUCCUCUUUCUGACUAUGUUCUGAGUAUUGCAAAGGAAGUUGUGCACUCCCUCCAAUAUUUAUUGCAAUGGCUCUCUGGGUCUCCUGCUGGCCUUAAACUGAAUGGACCUUUCAACUUAAUGAUGGGUCGAUUUUUCAUGUACCAUAUUAAAUUGUGGUGGAUUUUUCUGUCUGUGGCACAGCCUUUACUGGAGCUCCUCUUUUCUAUAUUUUUGAUCCUUGGAAAAUUGGGAGUGACAUUUCAAGCAGCAAUCCUUGAAGACCUCCUAUUCCUGGUUAGCUUUCACAUUUAUUGCAUUUAUGUAUAUGCUGCAAGAGUUUACUAUCUUCAACUGUCUGGCCUACAAUCACUUUGGAGACUUUUCCUAGGUCGUAAACAUAAUCCACUACGUGAGCGUGUGGAUUCAUGUCAAUACUCUCCAGAUCAGUUGUUUGUUGGCACACUCACAUUUACAAUUAUUUUGUUCUUAUUGCCAACCACACUCAUGUACUAUGUAGUCUUUACUACUAUGCGUCUUGUUCUACUGAGUCUUUCAGGGACAUUGACUCAAGCAUGCUUUGUUUUUCAUGCUUUACCCGUUUUUGCAACCAUUCACUGGUUGUGUCGAUCAAACCGAGUAACCAAAUCUAUUUAUGUUACUUCAAAGUCUACUUCCAAGAACUCUUCAAUAGUAUUAUUUGUUACUCCAGUGGCUGAUUCUUGGUGGAAUACCGUUAAGUGUUGCUUACCUGACACAGUUCAGAGGCCUUCUACUGUUAAUUUCGGACAGUUAGUCCAUAAAUUAAUGGUAGGAGAGCUUGUGUAUCCUGUUGAUAUUGAUUGGAACAGUUAAAUAAAAAAAUUCAUCUGUUUU